GCGCAUGCGCAUUGCUAGCUACAGACAGCUCUGUUGGUGAAAUCGAAUUCACGGACUGUUUGAUGCAGUAGUAAGGGUGUAUUGUUCUCGUGGACUGUGUGACAAGUUUAUGUCCUACAGAAAUGGCUGGGAUUAAAGCUCUGAUCAGCCUGUCCUUUGGUGGGGCUAUUGGCCUCAUGUUCCUGAUGCUAGGAUGUGCUCUUCCAGUGUAUGAUAAAUACUGGCCCUUGUUCCUCCUCUUCUUCUACAUCCUUGCCCCAAUCCCUUACUGCAUCUCCCGGAGAAUUGUUGAAGACACAGACUCGGCCAGCAACGCCUGCAAGGAGCUGGCUUUAUUUCUCACAACGGGCAUAGUGGUUUCAGCCUUUGGCCUGCCCAUCAUUUUUGCCAGAGCUGACGUUAUUGCCUGGGGAGCAUGUGCGCUUGUGUUAACAGGCAAUGUAGUCAUCUUCACAACCAUUCUGGGAUUCUUUUUGGUCUUCGGAACAAACGACGACUUUAGUUGGCAGCAGUGGUAAAAUUGGUGGGUGGGGGGGGCUAAGUCAGAAUUGUUUAUUACUAGCAUUGUUAUUAUUAUUGUUAUGAUUACAAUUAUUGUUUGUUGUUAUUUAUAUGACUGCCCGUCCAUAGACACACAAAACCAGUGCAAUAAUCUGUUUUAACUGUCAUGCGGAAUGUCAGACUGACUUCAGGUGGAUGUGCUGACUUUCAUUUUGACUUUUAUUUUUUGCUCCAUGUUUGUGAGUCUUCUCCCUUCAUGUACUGUACAGGCUUAUUUUUUGAGUGUCGUGAUAAUGUUGAGAUCAUAAAUGCACAUCUUAUCUGUGCAAAUGCAAAAAUGUCCAACUGAAUGUCCACCUGGACUCAGAUUGACCUAUGGGAGGGGUCUUUGGCUAUCUGUUGCUAUCGGUUUGGGAUUUUUUAAAAUUGUCUGAAGGUUGGAAGCUUUUUCCUGUGACAAAGAUAUCUUACUGACAAAAGAUAUGUAACUUUGGGAGUGAGGGUGUGCAAUAGCGUGCUGGUCAGUUUCGAGAGGAUAGUCUCCCCCUCCAAGUGCUGAUAUGAAGCUAAAGAACUGGAUAUUUUGCAUGGAGUAAAUGUUGUUUUUGAAGAGCACAUUUGUCUCUCAGCUUGAAGCCAUUCAAUAUGAAGGUAGAUACAGCAUAUAUUGAUAUAAUGCAUUAUCCAAUGCACUGUCCCCCAUUGUAGUGAUCAAAUUCUAAUGGCUCAGCUAUUCACAGACGUUCAUUUGAUACAGGCCUCUUGUGUUUGGUGGUUUAGCGUAGCAUAUUCUGCCCCUUUUGAAAAUUGUCUAGAAGUCAUUGUAACCUUGUGUCAUCUUCUCUCUUUAGAAUAGAGUCAUCAAAAACCUUGGUCAGACAGCCCAGGAUUAAGGCUAGCCGGUGUGAAAUGUGGCCAACUUAAGAUCUAGGCUACUUAUAACCUGGGUCACUAAUACCACUAGUCCUAGAUUUACCAGGUAUCCAAGAGACCAAUUGGUUUCUAUACCAGGAAACCAACCAAAGGCUGCACUGUAAUUAUGUUUCACAGAUAAAUGUGGAUGAACCCCAGUUUUUACCAAGGCAUAUCAUUUUUUGGUCUAUAUUUAGUACAGCCGCACUAAGAUGUACUCACAUCCUCUCCCUGAAAGAAAUGAAGUCGCCGUAUAGGCUUAAACUACUUUUAAUGUGGUCCUUGUGGGUGUGCUGAUACCAUACAUUUGCUCAGUGUAGUUUGUAAUUAGUUCUAGGUCUCAGAGGACAGUGUCCUGCAGCUUUGGAGUUUGCUGUUACAUUUAACUGAACUAGUUGUAGCUAAGCAAGGUAUUAAGCAUCUGUCACCCCGUGUGCACUGGCCUGUUCAGCUGGGUGGAAAGGUUGCGUGUUUAAGAUCUCUUUGUUUUUGUUUUGCGGAUGGCGCAGUUAUCUUUGAAAGGGGGUCUCUGGAAGAGACAAAAAAAGUGAAACCCAUCUCAAAAUAUUCCAGAAAUAAUCGGAAGCACUGAUGAAUCUGGUAUCUCUUUUUGUCUCACUCAGAUCGUGAGUAAGUUUGUCAACUUCUUAUUUCCAGUCUUCCAGAGACCACAACCUCCAUGAAGAUAGUGAUUGUAUUAAUUGUAUCAUAAUGAAAACCCUUUUGCACCUUUUUGAGUUUAGCUGAACUUUUUAAAUAAUCAUUGUUACCUUGAUUAACAAAGGUAAUGUUACAACAAAUUGCUUUUGGUGUUUUUGUUGUCCUUUUAUGUAAGUAAAGUUGAAACUUUCCAUACAUCAAAACAAAUGAUAAAUGUACGCCUACAGCAAUGCAGUGAUGGUAUAUCUACAGUUUUAGGACAUCCAGGGUAGGCUAGUCAUAGUGUUUGAAACACAAUUUAAGUAUUAUAAGCAUUGCAUAGUGAAAGUUGGAGAAAUGUCCAAAGAAUUCCAAUAUAAUUCUAUCAAACAAAUUAACACAUACAAACUGCAGAAUCAGGUCAUUCUAGUCAUGGGAUGGGUUCGUCACUGAUCUCUUUUGUGAAAGAUAUGUUGUUUCACAGACCUGGAAGGUUAUUUUAUUUAUUAGUAUUAGAGGAUGCUUUGUGUAGAUGUCCAAUUGCCAUUUUCUAUCUACAACUGUUGUGUUCCGAGGCAGAGGUCAGCAUGGUGGUUUUCUUUUCUAAAUAAAUGCAAUUUUUGAA